AUGGUCGUCCCAAGGCUCGAAAACGGCGCCGUUCGGCCACCGCCUCAGUUUCGCGGCGUCAGGAAGCGGCCGUGGGGAAGGUACGCGGCGGAGAUCCGCGAUCCGCUGAGGAAGACGAGGAAGUGGCUCGGCACCUUCGACACGGCGGAGGAGGCGGCGCUCGCCUACGACAGGGCGGCGAUGAGCCUCCGCGGCGCCAAGGCGAAGACGAACUUCAUCUACGCAGACGCCGCGCCGUUGGCGCCGCCGCCUCCGCCGGCGAGAUCGGAGUACACGGGGUACAGGAUCGACGGAGUCGGAGCGGUGGUUGCGAGCGAGCAGGAGAAGCAGAUGAGGAGCGAGAAGAAGCCGUUUCUGUUCGAUCUGAAUCUCCCGGCGCCGCUGUUCUGA